AUGGAAGGGGAUGCUGCUGAGGGAUCAUUUGCCGAUUCUAACGAAGAAUGUAAGAUGGUUUUAGUAGUCCGUACUGAUUUACAAAUGGGUAAAGGUAAAGCUGCUGCCCAGUGUGCACAUGCUGCUGUUGCCUGCUAUGAGUCAGUUUCCAAAACAAAUCCCAAGCUUUUAGCAAGGUGGAGAAGAACUGGGCAGGCUAAAGUCACAUUACAGUCCAAGAGCGAGGACGAAAUGCUACUCCUACAGGGAAUUGCAGCAAGCAAAGGAAUUACAGCCAAGGUUAUUCAUGAUGCUGGUAGAACUCAAAUAGCAGCCGGAUCAAUGACAGUUUUAGGUGUUGGACCAGCACCCAAAUCUGCUAUAGACGAGGUAACUGGCCAUCUGAAGCUGUACUAG